AUGCCUCGAUUUGUUCCUCGUCAGCGAAAACAUAAGGUUCUUGCACGAGAACAGGCAGGACGCCCGCAUACGCCACAAGCCGGCGCCAAUGAAGAGAUCAUCGUGCCGUUGAGCCAGUCCGAGCGAGAGGAGAAGAGACGUCUGCUGAAAGAGGAGCUGAGGUCACAGCAGCCCGCCAAAAUAUCGUCCAAAAAACAAAAGCGCUUAGACAAGUAUAUCGAAAACAAACUGAAGAAGGAUGAGACACACGAUUUGUUGCGGAAAUUAGAGAGGGAGAACGAAAAAUACGAAGCCACUCUAGCAGACUCGAGCCACCUAGGUAAACGCAGUUUCGGGGCUUUUCUGAGUGGCUCAGGAAGAGUUGGAGAGCGAGAGAAGAAGGCAGAUGCUAAGAAGCAAGAAGAGGAUGGUUCUGAAGUUGAGAGCGAGGACUCGUUCGAAGGCGACAAGCGGAGUGCCUUCACCAAGGAAGCAAACGGGCAACUCGAAAUCAAGAUACCUGCUACAGUCUCUCAAGGCACCGGCCUCGCACGGCCAUUACUGCUAGACGAAAAUGGGUUACCCGUAAUCCAGACUAGGAAGAGUAAAAAGCAGAAAAAGGCACAAGAAGAAAUACCUGAAGAGCUACCCUGGGAAGGAUUUGAGUCAGAACCAAGCGACUCUGGACAUCUUUCUGACCAUGGCACAUCAAGUGAAUCGGGAGAAUCUGAAUCCGAGGAAUUGGUCUCGGACUCUGACUCGGCGUCAAGCGAUGGGGAGGACGACGACGAGCAGGAGGAGUCUGGUUCGGACGAGGAAGACUCUGGAAGUGAAACAUCCGAGAUAUCUGGUCAGCAAAAGUUAGCUCCCAGGAAGUCCGCCUUCAAAGCCUGGGCCACGACGCAGUUAAACCAAGCCGUGGGGCAUACGCCAUCGUACACUUCUGGCGAGGGCGAGCUUCUGCCAAAGCCUGCUCCCCCAGUACAGAAAACGAAGCCUGCUCCAACAGUCAAGCCUGGCAUCCUUCCAGAGCUGCCAAGGUCACAAAGUCUUAGGACUGUGUACUCUGUACCUGUCGAACGGUCCGAAACGAUUCAGCAAUCCCGCUCUACCCUCCCUAUUAUACAACGAGAACAGGAAAUCAUGGAAGCUGUGCACAAUAAUGCUGUGGUCAUAGUCAAAGGAGAUACAGGUAGUGGAAAGACUACGCAGUUACCUCAGUUCUUGUAUGAAGCAGGAUAUGGCUCGCCUGAAGGACCUGCACCCGGAAUGAUUGGGGUUACUCAACCUCGUCGGGUCGCUGCGGUCAGCAUGGCAAAUCGAGUAGCAAAGGAACUAGGGGCUUCGGGGAAGAAGGUUUCUUACCAGAUCAGAUUUGACAGUACGGUAUCUUCUGAUACCGCGAUCAAGUUCAUGACCGAUGGAAUCUUGCUGCGAGAAUUGUCGCAGGAUCUACUGCUGAGGAAGUAUUCGGUAAUUGUUAUCGAUGAAGCACAUGAACGAAGUGUGAAUACGGAUAUCCUCAUUGGUAUGCUCAGCAAGGUUGUUCCAGCACGGAUGCAGAAAAGCAAGUUCAACCCAGAUCCCAAACCUUUGAAAUUGAUCAUCAUGUCUGCUACGCUGAACCUGGAUGAUUUCCUCCACGAAAAGCUCUUUCCGCCCACGGUGAGACCGCCUAUGGUUGAAGCUGAAGGCAGGCAGCAUAGAGUGACGACUCACUUUGCGCUAAGGUCCAGGGCGGACUAUGUGGAAGAGGUCAUUGAGAAGGUCAGGCGCGCCCAUAAGAAACUUCCGAGAGGUGGUAUUCUGGUUUUCCUGACUGGUCAAAAUGAGAUCCGACAAGUCAGUAGCCGGCUGAAGGCCUUGCUUGCCCCCGGGAAUCAAUCCUCUUUUAUGACCGGAAUGCCUCGCGUUCAGGUAGCGGCCAGUGAAGCACCUUUGGAAGCAGAAGACUUGGAGAUCGGAGAUCCAAAAUUCACUGCAGAAGAAGACGAUUUCGAUGUGGAUAUCGUUACUCACUCUGAUGAAGAAGAGGAAGACGAUGAGUUCGACAUCUCUGACGAUGAGGGCGAGGACGAGGACGGAAACGAUGAAUCUUUAAAUGCGACGCUGAAAUCGACGAGGGCGGCGUCGAAUGAACCCUACACUUCUGUGCACAUAUUGCCGUUGUACUCGCAGCUGCCGACGACGGAACAGCUCAAAGUCUUUGAGCCUCCACCAUCGGGUGCUCGAAUGAUUGUGCUGGCGACUAACGUCGCCGAAACCAGUUUGACUAUCCCUGGGAUCCGGUACGUUUUUGAUACUGGGCGCAGCAAAGAGCGCAAAUACAAUCUGGACACUGGGGUGCAGAGCUUUGAAAUCGACUAUAUCAGCAAGGCCAGCGCCCAGCAACGAGCAGGGCGUGCUGGUCGUACCGGACCUGGCCAUUGUUGGCGCCUGUACACCUCAGCCGUCUAUGAACAGUUUUUCCCCGACCAUGCUGAACCUGAAAUUCUCAGAGCACCAGCUGAGAGCAUAGUCUUGCAGCUCAAAGGCUUCGCGUACCCGAGACCCAUUGCACAAUUCCCCUUCCCUACGCCUCCGAGUGCUUUAAUGCUAAACAAGGCAGAGCAACUCCUCAAAAAUCUAGGCGCGCUCACAGACUCGGGUACCAUCACCGACCUAGGCAAACAGCUCUCCAUCUACCCACUCUCACCACGCCUCGGCAAAAUCCUGGCGGCUGGUGUGAGCGAUCUGAACGUCCUCUGGCAUGUACUGACUCUUGUCUCGGCGCUCGCCGUGCCUGAAAUCUUCAUAACAGAAGCACAGCUCGAUCUCAACGUAUCCUCGAACACCACUGAAGUCUACACCCUCGAAAAUCAACAAGACGAUGAUGAGCGCGACAGACUGAAGCAGGCAUACGGUCGUGCUCGUGCGAUACUCAGCAAAUCCGAUAAGAGCUCUGACGCCAUCAAGCUUCUUACUGCGGUGAACCUCUAUCUAACGGCGGGGGACAAGGAACAAUUAUGCAGAGACCUUUUCCUGCGACCCAAAGCCAUGGCCGAAAUUGCACAACUUCGAGGUCAACUUGAGUCGAUUGUCCGUUCCAACAACCGCACCAUCACAAACGAGGUUCUUGCGGCCAGCAAGUCUAAUGUCUCCCUGGACAGCAACUCCAAAGGAAAGAGCAAGAUCAAGCAGUUGAACACGAUAGCGGCAUCCGGGUAUAUUGACCAGGUUGCUAUUCGGUACGACCGGAGUGCCAACCAUGUUGAUUUGGGCACAACACCCAAGCCGCGGAGAGCGAUCGACGUACCUUACAUUCCUCUCGUACCACUACACGACAGGGCUUCAGCAACGCUUUUGGAACGAGCCGUCUACAUCCACCCGUCGAGCGUGCUGGCCAGACUUGGCGUGAAAGACGUGCCUGAGUACAUCUGCUACAGCCAUCUGCAGCGCGCACAGGAGCGCGCAGUUGUGUCUGGGUCCCCGUCCAAGACACGAAUGUUUCCUCUGACCCCCCUUGACGGUGCACAGUUGGCGUUUCUGGCCAAGGACACGGCCAUGAUCGAAUACGGCAAGCCCGUGGCAAAGAGUAAAGUCGAGGACAUCCCCGGUACGCCUAGAAGGAGGGAGUGCUGGGUCAAUGUCGAACUCCGCGGGGCAAAGGGCACAGGAGGAUACGGUUGGCCUUUGCCGCCGACAAAGGUUCGACAGGUCAUGGACGUGAAUAGUAAGAGUGGCUGGCGAGUUGAGAAAGUCUUGAGCUGA